AUGAGGAAACCAGAAGACAAAUUCAAUAACAACAAGGUGAAGCUGAGGAAAGGGUUGUGGCCGCGGGAAGAAGACGAGAAGCUGAUCAAGUACAUGCUGAGCGACGGCCAAGGGUGUAGGACUGACAUUGCUCGGAAUGCCGGUCUGCAGCGGUGCGGCAAGAGUUGUCGUCUUCGUUGGAUUAACUACCUCAGGCCUGACCUCCGGCGGGGUGCCUUUUGUCCUCAGGAAGAACUCCUCAUCCUUCACUUGCAUUCCAUCCUUGGCAACAGGUGGUCUCAAAUAGGAGCUAGUCUUACAGGAAGAACAAAUAACGAAAUAAAGAAUUUUUGGAACUCAACACUGAAGAAAAGAUUGAAAAACACCACGACCAUCACCACCUCCACAUCUUCAUCACUGAACAACACUGAUUCAACAUCAAAUCCGAUCAGAGGAGGAACCAUUUUCCCUGUACUGCAUGAACAACAUGUCGACAUUGCUACCACCUACUUAUGCGCCGACAUAUCGUCGUCGUCUUCACCACCAUCGACAUCCAUGUUGUGCCCGUCGACGCUCGCCGUAAACCGAUUCGACCAGUCUCCUCGCCAACACAUCAACGACCCUUAUGACAUGAGUGGUGGUGCACAGUUUCCAUUCAAUGGUGGUAUAGGUGAGGGACUUUAUGGUGAGGAUCAAAGUGACAUAUGGAAUAUUCCUUGUGAAGAGGAGAAGAAUGAUGGUUGCAUAUGGUUAGGGAAUGAGGAAGUUUGGAUGAAGCAAUGUGUGGCUCGGAGUGGCACCCUUGAGAGUGGAAACCUUUGUAUGGCAAGUAAUCCAUCUGAAUUUGAUUGCUUGCUGAGUGAUCCAUCGCUAGCAUAUAUUCAUUGGAAUGCCAAGAAGGUGAUACCCUCUUCACCUGGUUGGUCCCCUCCUCCCUUAGGUUUUUUGAAGAUAAAUCUUGAUGGGCAGUGGAGAAUGAGUGGCAUAAAGGUGGAAUAG